AUGGGUACCUCAAUCUUUACCAACGGUGAUACUCCAUUUGCUCAGGGCCCUGACCGCAAGGUCAUUCGUCGUCCUGUUUUGAGUGACAUCAACCGUGGAAUCUCUGUGCCCAAGUACGGUGCCUGUGCACAACAAGAGAACCGUCGUCCUGCCAGACGUUCUGCUUUUGCUUAUCACAAGGUUUUGAUCCUUGCUUGUUCCUCCGACGACUCUGGUGUCUCGGUUGGAUCUGAUGAGACCCUCAAUGAACCCACUAUCUGGAAACCCAUCGAUAUUGUUUCUGAAAAACCUUAUUGUGAACAGUCGAGCGACACCUACUCUGCUCCCGUUGACAAUGAUGAUGACAAUUGUUCUGAGUGGUCUUUUGAGGCUGGGGACGAGACUGCCUUUACCACCCGCCAAAUUGAAUCUACCUGGUCCGAGGAAGACACUGAGGCUACCUGGACUGCCCCUGCUGCCUCCUGGGCAUUAUCUGAUUGCCCUAUUGAAGUUGAUGAGAGUGACGCUUCUAUUGAGUCUCAUGGCGAUGUAACAUUGGUUGAGUCGCCUUUGGAGACCACUGUCAGCGAUUUGGCUGAAUCUGAGGAAAUCACUCCUGCCAAGGUGGAUGAACAAACCCUUGGCACUACUUCUGAUGCUCCUGCCCCUAUCAUCGAGGGUAGUUGUUCUAUUGACAGCCUUGUUACUGAGAUUAUUGCCGUUGCAAAUUUGUUCAAGGAUUUGCCACAAUUAAUUGUUUCUGGUGGCCUUCAAGCUGACCCAGAGUCGGAGCUUCCCAAGACAGCUCCAUUGGCACUAUCUAAGUCCAUUUCUCACACUUCCUCUGACGAUUUGGUCAUUCAGGUUGAAAAAGUCGACAAGUCCAAGACACCAUUGUUGUUGACAAGAGCCAAGGCAAAGCUGACUUCUCUUACAGGUCACGCUGCCCCUAUUACAAAAUCCACUCUUAUGUUUAAUGGAGUUCAAGCAGCUACCUAUGAUACUUCGCUUAGUAGCCAGGAGACCCUCACUAUGGAGAACAAGAAAUACAGACUUGAUGGAGGUGCCAUUAUUAAGGCCCAUUCGCCUAUGGUCUAUCAGAACAUCCGCACCCUUUGUGGAAUUGAUUACCAUCAGUUUUUGAACUCGUUUGUUUUGCAGUCUGACUUGACCAAGACUAAAUCUCCUGGUAAAUCUGGAUCCGAUUUCUUGUUUACUCCUGAUGGAAAGUACAUUAUAAAGACCAUCAAACGCAAAGAGCAUAACGUCAUUGCUAAUGCGGAAUUUUUGGCCGACUACUACAAUCAUAUUAAGGCCCACCCCAAUACUCAGCUUCCUUUCUAUCUUGGAAACUACACCCUUGUUGCUGAUGGAAAGAAGACUCACUUUAUCAUUAUGAAGAAUUUGCUUCAGAAGGAGACUCAAUUGAUCUACGACCUCAAGGGAUCGAGCCAUGACCGACGUGCUGGACCUAGAAAAGACAAUCGUGGUCGUGUAGUGUUCAAGGAUCUUGACUGGACUGACAAACGCGAGACUAUCUCCAUGAGUCGAGAGGACCGAGAAAUGUUAUUGGUUCAAGUUUCAGAGGAUGUCAAUUUUUUGAAACGACACAACAUCAUGGAUUAUUCAUUAUUGGUAGGACUUCAGAGUGACACUCGUACUUGUGAACAACAACCUGUUAUUGGUAUGAUUGAUACCCUCUGCCCCUUUAGUUGGCGCAAGAGAGCGGAAACCACUGUCAAAGGACUGAUAUUUGGCAGAUCUGCUAUCGACGUUGUUCACCCUUCGAAGUAUGGAGCGAGAUUCCUCAAUUUCGUACAAUCUGCUGUGGUCCCCGGGCCUGGAAGAUCAGUGUCUACUCGCUGUUAA